AUGAAUUCGUAUAUGGUGAACUCUAAGUAUGUGGAUCCGAAAUUUCCUCCGUGUGAGGAAUAUUCUCAAAAUAACUAUAUACCUGAGCAGGGCGCGGAUUACUUCAGCCCCGCGCAGGACACUGACUUUGAGCAUCCAGGGAUCUACCCACGGUCCAACUUCACGGAGCAGUCCUUCGGCUGCAACACCACACAGGAGCGAGUCCCGGUGCCGCCACGGGGUCAUGGACACGACAGGACGCAGAGCCACGCGGAAGAGGGGCCCACGGUCCACGCGAGCGGAGACAGGACGUGUGACCAGAACACAAAGAGCCACAACGGGCAGCAGGGCAAGCAGCCAGCAGUAGUUUACCCCUGGAUGAAGAAAGUGCAUGUAACGACGGUGAACCCAGAUUACACGGGGUCCGAGCCUAAACGGUCCAGAACCGCAUACACACGACAGCAGGUCUUGGAGCUAGAGAAAGAGUUCCACUUUAAUAGGUACCUGACCCGGCGACGAAGGAUCGAGAUCGCGCACACACUUUGCCUAUCUGAGAGGCAAAUCAAAAUCUGGUUCCAGAACCGCCGUAUGAAAUGGAAGAAAGACCACAAACUGCCCAACACCAAAGGCAGAUCUGCCCCUGCAGUGGCCGGUCAUCUGCACAAGGAGCCCCACACGGACAUCACCACGUUAUAG